AUGAGCAAGCCAAAGACAGCAGUUCCAAGUCUCUCUCCAAGUAAGGAGAUUAUGGAAUUGAAAUCACUAAAGCGCCAGCGAACUGUUGCGAAAAAUAGUAUAGUGCGCAUAAAAACGGGUCUCCUCGAUAAAACAAUGUCGUUAGAUCCAAUUGAAUUGGAGUGUCGACUGGACAUUUUGAACUCUCAUAGCGAUAAGCUUAUGAAGUUUCAGUCGAAAAUUGAAGAAAUCGACGAGGAAGACAUAGCCCGUGGGGAGUUAGAGGACCUAAUAGUGGAAACUAAGUCCGUUAUAAAAUCUAUUCUGGCGAGAAAUAAAUCGUCAAUAGCCGAAACAUCAUUUGUUGCACCUCACAGCUCGCGACUACCGAAAAUGUCGCUACCGAAAUUUAAAGGGGAAUAUUCAGAAUUUAAAAAUUUUAUGAGUCUGUUCGAGAGUUUGGUGCACAACGAUCCUACAAUCCCAGACAUUGAGAAAUUUAAUCACUUGGUUAACUGUCUGUCUGGUGAAGCUUUGGGAACGGUAAGGGCCUUCCAAAUGUCGGACGAGAAUUAUUCGAAGGCGUUGGCUAGUCUCAAAAAAGUUUAUGACAAUAAAUGCUUAAUAUUUUUCGACCCAAUUUCCAAACUUUUUGAACUGCCAACUAUCCCAAAGCCAUCUGCGCUUUCAUUGCGCACAAUGAUUGAUACAGUGUCGGCUGUUUAUGACUCGUUGCUGUCGUUAGGUGACGAGAAAAACAUCACAAACGCUAUCAUAAUUCAUCUGGUAAUGUCAAAAGUUGACACCGUUACUCGGUCAAAGUGGGAGGAACAGUUGGAUUAUGAUAAGCUGCCAUUAUGGCGUGAGUGUGAGGCAGCAUUAAAUAAACGCUACCAACAUUUAUCUGCCGAUGAAGCCUCAACGUCGAGGCUCAAGCCGUCAAACAGUCACAGCAUUCAGAAACCCCACCUUCAUGCGGGAAGGACGAAAGCUGCCUUAGUGACUUCAAAUAUAAAACAGCCGGUGUGUCCGCACUGUAAAUCAAAUGAUCAUAGUAUACCCGCGUGUCCUACUUUUAAAACUCUCUCUGCUCAGCAGCGAUUUGAGUUUGCUAAAUCAGUCCCCUUAUGCAUAAAUUGUUUGCGAAAGGGGCACUCAGUUUCAAAGUGCAAAGCGGAUCGGUGUCGUGUUUGCAACCGUUCGCAUCACACGUUGCUGCACCAGUACCCUGUAUCCUUUGCAACUACACCACAACUUUCGACCUCGCAUGCCAUGCACACGACGAGUACGCCAGAUCGGGUUAUGUUGGCUACAGCCGUAGUCAACGUAAAAGGUAGCUCCGGAGAGUACCUUCCUGCACGAGCCUUGCUGGAUUCUGGAUCUCAGGUGAAUUUCAUGACAGAGGAUUUGGCGCAGAAAUUACGAAUUCGUCGCGAAAGUACGACCUUAAAUAUUAUCGGCAUCGGAAAUGCAACCAAAAAAGUAAGGACGAAAUUAAAUACGUUUGUAAAAUCGCGGGUCAAUAAUUAUGAGUUUUCGGCACAGUUUUGGAUAAUGCGAUCCAUUUCAGCCAGCCAUCCAGAUCGUAACGUAAAUAUUAAUGGCUGGAAAAUUCCUAAAAACAUUAGCUUAGCGGACCCAGAAUUUUAUAAGGCUCAAAAGGUAGAUCUUUUGUUAGGUGCUGAAACAUUUUUCGAGCUUUUAGCUGUAGGCCAAAUCAAGGCCAGCCCCAAUCACCCAACAUUGCAAAAGACACUUUUAGGCUGGGUUGUGUCUGGCAAAUACGCCUCCAACCAACGUCCUCCUCCCACAGUCAGUAGCACAUUAUGCCAUACUGAACAAGAUCUAGCAAAUAUAGAUUCCAUUGUCCAAAGGUUCUGGGCGAUGGAAGAAAUACCUUCAGGGGCUAGUUCGACAAAAUUCACACCUGAACAAAUAGAGUGUGAAAAAUUUUUCGUAAAAACUACUAAAGUUUUGCCUUCAGGAAGGCUUCAAGUAAGACUGCCUUUCAAAGAUGACCGUAAGUUACUCGGUAAUUCCUAUGAAACCGCGUCUCGGCGGUUUCAGGCCCUGGAGAGAAAGACCUUGAAAGAUCCAGAACUUCGUCAAAUGUAUCUGGACUUCAUGAAUGAAUACAUCGAAUUGGGUCACAUGAGCCCAACAAAUAAUAAGAUCCCGAGUGAGCCACACUACUUCAUUCCGCAUCAAUGCGUUCUUCGGCCUGAAAGUACGACGACUAAAUUACGUGUUGUUUUCGACGCAUCAAGUCGUACCUCUUCUCAAAUUGCGUUGAAUGAAAUCUUGAUGGUUGGGCCGACCAUUCAAGAAGAGCUGUAUUCAACACUUCUUCGUUUUCGUUUGCAUAAAUAUGCAUUUACGGCGGACAUUACUAAAAUGUACCGCCAAAUUCUCAUGCACGAAGAAGACAAAAACUUUCAGCUUGUAGUGUGGAGACGACAUCCAUCUGAGCCACUUCAAAUUUUUCGACUUAACACCGUAACAUACGGCACUGCGCCUGCUCCAUUUCUCGCUACACGGUGUUUACAAAUGCUCAGCGAUGCCAAUACACAUAUGUAUCCACUCGGCUCAAAGGCAAUAAAAAGAGAUUUUUAUGUAGACGACCUGCUUACAGGAUCCGAUAAUUUUGAAUCUCUAGAUCUUAUUAGAAGUGAGGUAGUUAAAAUAUUAAACUCGGCAGGAUUCAAUUUAUCUAAGUGGUUUUCAAAUCACCCAUCAUUUUUCGAUUGUGAGAGUUCUGAGAAGGCCUUAAACUUCAAUCACACAGACUCCACAAAAACACUUGGAAUCCAUUGGUUGCCGAAGGAAGAUUUGUUUCGGUUUGUCUUAAAUGACAACUUUACCAGUUUACGAGCCACUAAGCGAAACAUAUUAUCAGUUUCGGCUCGUCUUUUCGAUCCUCUUGGUUUACUUGCCCCACUAGUUACCAAAGCAAAAAUCUUAUUGCAAGAGCUUUGGCUGCAAAAACUAGAUUGGGAUGAGUCGAUUCCAUUGCACCUCGACACCAGCUGGGAAAAUUUCAAAGCCAAUCUACUGCAGCUACCAUCAAUAAGCAUUCCUCGGUUUGUACACACCGAGUCGAGUGCAAGCUGCCAAAUUCAUGGCUUUGCCGACGCCUCAAUACGAGCGUAUGGCUGCUGUAUAUACAUACGUAGCCAUUCGGCUGGUGGAACGAAAUGUACGCUGCUUACUGCAAAGUCUAGAGUGGCUCCGCUGAAGACUAAAUCUCUUCCGCGUCUAGAGCUCUCGGCAGCCCACUUGCUGGCCAAAUUAUGGUCACGAAUAGCGCCAAUGUUGAGUCGGCCAAUUGAAAAUAUAAACUUCUGGACAGACUCCGAAAUUGUUUUGCAUUGGAUCAAAACGCAUCCAUCUGUACUACAGACCUUUGUUGCAAACAGAGUGUCCGAAAUCCAAGAGUUGACGGAUAAAGCUACUUGGCGACAUGUGCCAACUAAGCAAAAUCCCGCGGAUCAAGUGUCUCGGGGUUGUAACGUGGACGAAUUGAAUAAUUCUAUCUGGUUUAGCGGUCCACAGUUCCUCCUAGAAGACCCUGCGUUAUGGCCAACAAACACCCACUUCCAGCUCUCUCCAGGAGACGAAGCAUUAGAGAAGAAACGGAACGCAACAGUUUUAGUUGUUCAAGCAAAUGAAUCGCAUCCAAUUAUGGAACUCACCAAAAGAGUAUCUUCUCAUCAAAAACUGCUUCGUAUUGUCGCUUACAUAUUAAGAUGGAUAAAACGCAUUAGAAACCCAUCUGCGACAUUCACACAAAUGCUGACGGCUGAGGAUAUUAAAUUAAGUUUCCUCAAAGUCAUUCAGGUGGUUCAACAUGUUGAAUAUGGUGAAGAAAUUAUGAAACUCACCAAAGGUACCACCCUACCCUCAAGUUUGCAAAAACUUAAUCCAUUUUUGCACAACUACUCGGAAUUGUCGCUGUCGUUUAAUUUACUCCGAGUAGGAGGCCGCCUAUUAAAUGCGCCUCUCCCAUAUGAUGCCAAGUUCCCACUGCUCUUAAGCAAGAACUCGCACUUCGUUACCACAUACUUAUGGUUCAUUGGACGCCGAGGAAUGCCGCGGAAAAUAUACAGCGACAACGCCACCAACUUCGUCGGCGCCGAUCGCAAGCUUCGCGAGCUGAGGGAUGCUUUCGAGGCCCAACAACCGGAAGUACAGAAAUACGCAACGGACGAAGGAUUCACCUUCGCCUUUAUACCACCCAGGGCACCGCACUUCGGCGGGUUAUGGGAGGCGGCAGUGAAGUCCGCCAAACACCUUCUCGUGCGCGCAAUCGGCAACGCGCUGCUCACCGCCGAAGAACUACAGACGCUGCUCGUCGAGGUCGAGGCCGUACUCAACUCGCGACCCCUGGUACCACUGAGUCAGGACCCGAACGAUGGAGAGGCCCUAACACCAGCGCACCUACUAGUUGGGUGCCCCCUUCGAGCGCUGCCACCAGCCCAAGUAUCGAUGGACCCAAUGCGUUGCUGCGACAGAUGGCAACUUGUCUGUUGUCUCAAGCAACAGUUUUGGCGACUGUGGUCCAGGAACUACCUAUUGGGUCUUCAACAGAGGAACAAGUGGUUGCAUCCGAAGCGCAAUCUCGAGCUGAAAGACCUCGUCCUGGUUCAGGAAGACAACACACCACCGCAGCAAUGGGUGCUCGGCCGCGUCGCCGCAACCGUAACAGGGCAAGACAGCAAAGUCCGCGUAGCAGACGUGGCAACCAAAGCGGGCGUAAUUAAACGCCCCGUUCACAAGCUCGCCGUACUGCCAUCAGACGUUGAAGGACCAUGA